GUUCCCGACUCUGGCAAACACUUGGACGGAGUGACAGUGGCAGCAGGAUGGCUGUGUCUACAGCUCCGUCCACGCCGGGCUCCCUGUCUCCCCGCCUGCUCACCAGCAGCACCACCUUCCCCGGGGCCCCGGGCAGCACGGGGGCCCCCAGCAGCGAGUGUCGCAUGGUGGAGCUGCACGGGGUGAAGGUGGCUUCAUUCAUUUUGGAGGGUCAGGAGCUCAUCUGCCUCCCGCAGGUCUUCGAUCUCUUCCUCAAGCACCUGGUGGGGGGGCUGCACACCGUCUACACCAAGCUGAAGCGGCUGGACAUCUCCCCGGUGGUCUGCACGGUGGAGCAGGUGCGGGUCCUGCGCGGGCUGGGGGCCAUCCAACCCGGGGUCAACCGCUGCAAGCUCAUCAGCCGCCGGGACUUCGAGACCCUCUACAACGACUGCACCAACGCCAGCUCACGGCCGGGGAGGCCCCCGAAGCGUUCGCUGGGAGUCGCCAUCCAGGAGAGCGCACGUCUUCUGCCGCACGGAGUGCCGGGUCUCUUAUCUCCAGGUCUCAUCUCCCCCACAGGUCUCCAUAGAGAACGCGGGAAGUUUGCUGAAAACCGAGCCUUGAUUUACCACGUCUUUUGCGCCGAUCCCGGAGAAGCCGACUCAGCACACUGUCUGUCUCCGGAAAGGAAAU